AUGAAAAUUGAUGAGAAAAAGUGUUGGAGCUGGUUUAGAUGUGAAAAAGAUCUGUCUCCGUCUCACAGGUACAUCACUAAAGCCUUCAACUUCUACAUCUUCCCCAAACCCUUCAGCCGCACGUCUCCAGACAUCAAGUUCAUCUGUCAGAGCUCCAGCAUUGAUUUCCUGGCCAGUCAGGGCUUCGACUUCAACAAGGUCUUCCGCAGCGGGAUCCCGUACCUGACGCAGGAGGAGGAGUCUCAGCUGAGGGAGCAGUAUGAGGAGAGGCGGAGCCAGAUCAAUGGGGCGGGGCCUGUCUCGUACACGCCCACCUCGGGGACAGGUGUCUGUAAGGUGCCUGAAGACCAGAGAGACUUCAUCCGGACGGUGGAGCAGAAGGUUGAAGCUCUUCUGAAGAACUCCGAUCAGACUCUGGAUCUGGAGCCCUGCACCGGCUUUCAGAGGAAGCUCAUCUAUCAGACGCUCAACUCCAAGUAUCCUAAAGGUCUUCACGUGGAGACGCUGGAGACAGAGAAGAAGGAGCGGUUCAUUCAGAUCAGUAAGGUGGAUGAAGAGGAGAGGAGGAGGAGAGAGCAGCAGAAGCAGCAGAGGGAGCAGGAGGAGCUGAAUGACGCUGUGGGCUUCUCCAGGGUUAUCAGAGCCAUCUCUAAAUCUGGUAAACUGGUCGUUGGUCACAACAUGCUGCUGGACGUCAUGCACACCAUCCAUCAGUUCUGUGGGCCGCUGCCUGAGGAGCUGGGUGACUUUAAGGAGGUGGCCAUGUCUGUGUUUCCCAGGUUGUUAGACACCAAGCUGAUGGCGUCCACACAGCCCUUCAAGGAGAUCAUCAGCAACACAUCACUGGCUGAACUGCACAAACAGCUGAGAGAGAAACCCUUCAGAUCACCCACCACUGGUAACACAUUCACACACACUCUCAUACAAACACAUUCAGACUCAAACUUGUGCACACAUGAGAGGUUUAAUUUCGUUUGUGUCACAGGAAGCUGCUCGCAGACGUACGCCGAUGUGACUGGCACCUGUGAUUGGCCCAGACUGCAGCCUGAUGAAGGCGGAGCCUCUGUGAGUCCAGUGCAGGAGGAGGCGGAGCCUGAGGAGUCCUCAGCCAAUCAGAGUCAAGGUAAAAGGAGCCGCAGACACAAGAAGAGGAAGUCAGACGCUUCUGAAACUACGCCACCGGCGCUCUUCGACGUUCCUCAGGUUUGGUAGCGAAGGCUCGGCAGCCAAUCGGAAGCCUCGCUCAGUCUGGGUGUAAUCGACAGCCAAUCAGAAGACUGCACUUAUCUCCUGACGCCCAGCGUGUGUCGUCUGUGACCUCCCGUGACCUCUCCUCGCGUGGCCCAAGUUCAGUGCGUUUUAAAGGUGCUGAAGAUACUGAGCCAUUUCUUGUCUGAAUAUGAGUGAGUGAGUAUGUGUGCGUCCUGUAGUAUUUUAACGUGGUUUCCGACAGCGCUCCCUCAUUUUAAGUGUCGACAUGUCCUGCAGGUUUAUUUAUUCCUCGUGAGGGUUUGUUCUUCUUUAGUUUAACGGUGAGAAAAAAAAAGAACGCGUGUCAAAGAAUGUCUGACGAUGUCAUCACGAAUGUCCUGUUCAUAUCCUUUUUUUUGUAUGAGAUGUUAAAGUGUUCCCUUUUCCAGGGGAGAUGAAAUUAAAGAGUCUUUCUUAGUA